CGGGGCAGCGGUUCCAAGGCUGGCGCGCGUGGGCCAAGUCUUCACUGCUUGCUGAGCACCGGAGCCGGAGCUGUCCGGCAUUUCUCGACCUCCUGACCAUGAAAAAAACAGACGACCCCGCGAUCUCCAGCACCUCCUUACCGAGGUACCUGGAGCACCUCUCUGGGGAUGGCAAAGCCAUCGGUGUCCUGACCAGCGGCGGGGAUGCCCAAGGUAUGAACGCUGCGGUCCGUGCUGUGGUGCGCAUGGGAAUAUACGUGGGGGCCAAAGUGUUCUUUAUAUAUGAGGGUUACCAAGGCAUGGUGGAUGGAGGCUCCAAUAUUGUGGAAGCCACGUGGGAGAGUGUCUCCAGCAUUCUACAAGUGGGUGGGACAAUCAUCGGCAGUGCCCGUUGCCAAGUCUUUCGAAACCGGGAAGGGCGUCUGAAAGCUGCCUGUAACUUGGUGCGUCUGGGCAUCACUAACCUGUGCGUGAUUGGUGGGGACGGAAGUCUCACGGGAGCAAACAUCUUCCGGAAGGAGUGGAAUGGACUUUUGGAAGAGCUGGCUAAGAAUGGUGAGAUCGAUAAAGAUGCAGUGCAGAAGUACUCCUACCUCAACGUUGUGGGCAUGGUGGGCUCCAUUGACAAUGACUUCUGUGGCACAGACAUGACCAUCGGUACAGAUUCAGCUCUGCACCGAAUUAUUGAAGUUGUUGACGCCAUCAUGACCACUGCCCAGAGCCACCAGAGGACCUUCGUCCUGGAGGUGAUGGGGAGACACUGUGGUUACUUGGCCUUGGUGAGCGCCUUGGCUUGUGGUGCGGACUGGGUGUUCCUUCCGGAGUCUCCACCCGAGGAAGGUUGGGAGGAAAACAUGUGCUUGAAACUCUCAGAGAACCGUGCUCGGAAAAAGAGGCUGAAUAUUAUCAUUGUGGCUGAAGGAGCAAUCGAUACCCAAAAUAAACCAAUCACCUCUGAGAAAAUCAGGGAGCUUGUGGUGAAGCAGCUGGGCUUUGACACCCGGGUGACCAUUCUUGGACAUGUGCAACGAGGAGGGACCCCUUCGGCAUUUGACAGGAUUUUGGCCAGCCGCAUGGGGGUGGAGGCUGUCUUAGCCUUGCUGGAGGCUACUCCUGAGACCCCGGCCUGUGUGGUGUCACUGAGGGGAAACCAUGCUGUGCGCCUGCCUCUGAUGGAGUGUGUGCAAAUGACCCAGGAUGUACAAAAGGCAAUGGAUGAGAGGAGAUUUAAAGAAGCCGUACAGCUCCGAGGGAGGAGUUUUGAAGGAAACCUGAAGAUCUACAAGCGUCUUGCCAUUAAGUUGCCUGAUGACAAGAUCACCAAGAGCAAUUGCAAUGUGGCUGUCAUCAAUGUAGGGGCGCCCGCAGCUGGGAUGAACGCAGCCGUGCGCUCAGCUGUCCGAGUCGGGAUUGCAGAUGGCCACAGGAUGUUUGCAGUCUAUGACGGCUUUGAUGGCUUCGCCAAAGGCAAUGUAAAAGAGAUCGGCUGGGGAGAUGUCGGCGGUUGGACUGGACAAGGAGGGUCCAUUCUUGGGACAAAACGCACCCUACCUGGGAAGAACUUGGAGAAGAUUGCCGAACAGAUACGUUCCCACAGUAUCAACGCGCUUCUGAUCAUUGGAGGAUUUGAGGGUUGGCAUUGGCUUUCCAUGAUGGGUGAGGCUCGAAACAGCUAUGAGGAGUUUUGCAUCCCAGUAUGCGUUUUGCCUGCUACUAUUAGUAACGGUGUCCCCGGCACAGAUCUAUCUAUCGGUUCUGAUACUAGCUUGAAUGUGAUUGUCCAGACCUGUGACCGAAUCAAACAGUCGGCCAGUGGGACCAAGCGCCGGGUGUUCAUCAUUGAAACCAUGGGCGGAUACUGUGGCUAUCUGGCCAACAUGGGGGGACUUGCAGCAGGAGCUGAUGCUGCCUACAUCUUUGAAGAGCCAUUUGACAUCAGAGAUUUACAGUCCAAUGUAGAGCAUUUGACAGAGAAAAUGAAGACCACCAUCCAGAGGGGCCUUAUACUCAGAAAUGAAAGCUGCAAUGUAAAUUAUACCACUGACUUCAUUUACCAGCUCUACUCAGAGGAAGGCAAAGGAGUGUUUGACUGCAGGAAAAACGUGUUGGGCCACAUGCAACAGGGGGGAGCACCUUCUCCAUUUGAUCGGAACUUUGGAACAAAAAUCUCUGCCAGAGCUAUGACGUGGAUCAGCGACAAACUGAAGGGGUCCCUGGGCGCAGGGAAAAAAUUUGUUAGCGAUGAUUCCAUUUGUGUCCUGGGAAUAAGCAAAAGAGACCUCCUGUUUCAACCAGUGGCAGAACUGAGGGAAAAAACUGAUUUCGAGCACCGGAUCCCCAAGGAGCAGUGGUGGCUGAAACUGCGGCCUCUCAUGAAGAUCUUGGCCAAGUACGAGGCGAGCUAUGACGUGUCCGAUGCAGGCAAGCUGGAAUCCUUGCGGCAACAGCAGGGCACCUCCCAUGGAGAACCGGCAGCCAUCUGAUCAAGCAUGCUAUCGCCUGACCUACACACUUGUCUAGGGAAGCCUGUAACGUUCCCCGGGGACCAUGCUUUUUGUAACAUAGUUAUUUAUCAGCACUUUAUGCAAGUAUUGUUGACCAAGCAUUGUCAGCAGUAAUAAUCAGAGAGCGCCACUUGCCAUGACCACUGACCCAUCAGACCCUGAGAAAUGAAACCCAGCCUCGUGUGCUUGAUCCGGUGUCAGUUUUCUACUCUAUGGGGUACUUACUGUCUUGUGCUUUACCAUGUGUAUAUCUUGUGGAAGUAAACAUUUGGUUACAACUCC